AUGACUUGUGUCAGCCGCUCUGUUCCAGGCAGGGAGAGAUUUUGGAUCCCCGCACAUCCAGCGGGCCCGGGCAGGAGGACUCGGCCGGCCGGCAGCGCCAAAUCGUGAACGACUCGUGGUACAACACACCGAAACGCCGCUUGGAGACCGAGCCAUGGACUUGUUGUGAAAGAAUGGUUGAGCCCAGCCCUUCAGCUCUGCACCUCCUCUCCGGUGGGGAUGUACGCAUGGCAGACAUCGGCGUCAAAGUGGAACAGGAGGAAUGCGUCGGAGCCAAAACCAACUCGGAGCACCCCAGAACUCUGCACGACUGGUCAGCAAGUCAGCCUCUAGAGACGCGCCAGCUGACCCCACCGCUGUCGCGCUCCCCUUCAGAGGGCUCUCCAGGAAAGGAGCCGCCUCACAAGCAAAGCCCCAUGGGAGUGAAGGAAGCCGGGAUUCACGAGCGAUCAGAGGGGCCAGCCAAAAUUAAGGAAGUAAUGCCGACCAUCGAGAAGCUGCUGAACGCCGACUGGAAGGAGAAACUUCUGGAUAAAAGCUCAGUCGGUGCAGGACAACUAAAAGGCACCCCGGAGUCUCUGGCGGAGAAGGAGCUGCAGCUGCUGAUGAUGAUCAACCAGCUGAGCGGCCUCAGGGAGCAGCUGCUGGGGGCCCACUCAGAGCAGAGGAACAUGGCCGCCCUGCUGCUGGAGAAGCAACAGCAGCAGAUGGAGCUGGCCCGGCAGCAGCAGGAGCAGAUCGCCAAGCAGCAGCAGCAGCUGAUCCAGCAGCAGCAUAAGAUCAACCUGCUCCAGCAGCAGAUCCAGCAGGUGAACAUGCCCUACGUGAUGAUCCCGGCUUUCCACCCCAACACCCAGACCCUCCCCGUCUCCUCAGACCCCCCGAUGACAUUGCCUCUGCAGCCCAUCCCCUGCAAGCCGACAGUGGACUACCCCAUGCAGCUGCUCCCAAACAGCCACCACACGCCCAUCAAGAGGAGCAGCAGCUCCUUCCGCCAGGAGGCGAGCCAGCCGCUGAACCUCACCUCCAAGCCCAAGGGGAUGGAGCUGGGGAAGACGUCCAGCCCUCUGAGCCGGGAGCUGGGAUCGGCGGGAUCCAUGCAGGGUGCCUACAGACCCAGAGAGGUGUCCCGCAGCCCGCCGCGGCCCGCCCUCAGUUUCCUAGGAGACGGCGACGUGGUCACCCAGGCCAUCCAUGAUGCCCAGCAGCUCUUGAGGAGUCACAGCAGCGGCGGGAGAGACAGAGACAGAGAGAGAGACGGUUCCGGAAAAAUGGAAUAUAAAGGUUCUCCUCGUGCAGAAAAAAUAAGUCACUGUGAGCGCGGUGAAGAGAGGCACGGCGAGGAGCACCUCAGCAGUGACUCUGAGGGGGCAUUGCCCGUCUCCGUUCCCGGCAGCUACUCUGAAACGCGGCCCGCAUCCUCUACCGGCCACAUAAAGAGACCCAUGAACGCCUUCAUGGUGUGGGCCAAGGACGAGCGCAGGAGGAUCCUCCAGGCUUUCCCAGACAUGCACAACUCCUCCAUCAGCAAGAUCCUAGGCUCCAGGUGGAAGUCCAUGUCCAACCAGGAGAAGCAGCCGUACUAUGAGGAGCAGGCCAGGCUGAGCCGGCAGCACCUGGAGCGUUACCCCGACUACAAGUACAAGCCCCGACCCAAACGGACCUGCAUCGUGGAGGGCCGAAGGCUGAGGGUGGGCGAGUACAAAGCCAUGAUGAAGAGCCGCAGGCAGGAGCAGAGGGCCACCUACACACACAGCCAAUCAGAUCCGCAGCAGAUCCAGUACUCCCAGAGCGACCAGUACCCAGCCGGCGGCUCCAUCUCCGUCCCAGGCUUGCCGUUUCACCCGCACUGCUGGAGCAUUACCUGCCGCAGGCCCCGCCCCCUGCACACAGGUCUGAGGACCGGGCCACACCCACCCCACUGCCCAGGGACAGGGACAGGGAGAGAGAGAGAGAGCGACUGCCCUACAGCGAAGGAGAAGAAAGCGACGUGGGGGAGAGGAGUGAGGGGGAACUGGUGCUGCUCACAGACUGAUCAGGUCGGGCCCGGUGGGUCUCUGGGGGGCCUCUCGGCCCGGAGCGAAGAGACGGAGAGGAAGAUGAACAGAACUUCAGCUUCAGAUGUCGCUCUUGGUUUUGAGGCAAUCAGAAUCCAAAUCCUGGACGACUGAGACAAUACACAAUACACACACACACACACACACACACACACACACACACACACACACGUGUGUACUCUGCUUGUACAUUAAUAUAAACUCCCCAGUUCCCUCACACAAGUCCUCAUCAGUUCCCUUCCCAGAUGAGUCAUCACCUGCUUUUUUUCUUUUCUUUUUUUAAACUGUUGUUAGAAUGUAGAAAGUUAUCAUUUAAUCCCUUCUGCUUCUUGUUUUUCUUCCAUGUUGCCUUUUAUCAAACAAUACGCCUCCCAGGGAUUAGAAUCGCUGCAGGAAGCUCCAAAGGAACUGUUCAACUUAGAUUAGCUGCUUUUCACCUGUCAGGCAGCCGGGAGGCUGGACUGGGGCUGCACCGCCCCCUGGUGGUGGAAGCUGGUUGUUACAAAAGGCAGCAGAAAGGCAGCGCUGGACGGUUCACACCCAACCUGAAACCUCUGACCAAAGAAAAGCCUGAUGACAGCAGGGUGCUUCACAUCAUCAUGUCUGUUUUUAGAGUGGGCUGCUUUGUUGUGUUGUGUUUUUUGGGGGGUUUUUGUCUCCAGAUGUUGAUGCAGUUGUUGGCACAUCUGGAAAACCUUCAAAUAAUCUAUUAGCCUAUCGUCCCAAAACUCCAACAUUUAAUUUGAGCACGUUUGUCUGUUGGUGUCCUGUCAAACACAACGAGAGAAUUUUCUAACCCACAUUGUAAGGCAUCAUAAUGUCAACCAGGAGACGGAAGCGAAAAAUCUGGUGGACAAAUCAAAGUUUGGAUUUUUAUUUAUUUAUUUUUUUUUCUUUUUAUCUGAAAUUCUUCAAAAUUGCAAAAGUAAUUUGAUCAUCUGACUCAUGAGUUUUGGCAUUAAUUUGUCCUUUUAACAGAUUUUCUUAAGGAGGACACUUUAUUUAUGUUCCAGCUCUUCCUAGUAUUUAUAAUAACAAUCAUUAAAAAAAAUUAAAAACACAUUUUAUUAUUCUUUGGCUCCUUGCCUCUGUUCAAAAUGCAUAAAAUCUAUUAAAAGACGCAGAAAUAAAAUCACUUGAACAGGAAGUGCAGAAGAUAUGAAAGCAGUUGUAAAGAAAUGUGUUAAGUUCUGAUUUGAACUGAGGAAGUGAAUCAAUCAUGACCCCGUAAUGACCCCAGUCACAUCCUCUUCCUCCUCCUCUUCCUCCACAUAUCCUCUGUUCUCAAUGUGUUUGCUUCAGUUCCCUCUCCGCCUCAGAGGGUUGACCCCUGACCUGUUGCAUAUAUUUGUUUUUUGCUUUUUAAGUGUUCCUUGAUUGUUGUGUUUAAUCUGUGCAUUUAAAUCCAUGUUUUUUGUUUUGUUUUGUUUCCUUCUUGGUGAAGCGAUGCUGAAGUUCCUUCGUUUGCCAUGUUCUCAUUCAGAUCAUCCAGCAGCAAGAAAAACCAUCCCGUGAAUUGAACUGCCUGUCUGAAAUCACUGUAACUGGGAACUGCAGAGGUGUAAUAUUCAUGAUUUGCUUUGUGAUAGAAAAUAUUAGUUAGGACAACAGUGGAGCACUGAAAAAAUGGAUGCGGUUGGUUUCCUUGGAGAGCCAGAUAUUAAAAAAAUGAGCGAUUUCGAACGUAACCUUUAUGUUGCGUAUGAAAACGUAAAUAAACCUGCGUCCAUCUGACGGCGGACACAUUAUAAUACAUUAGCACUUUCCACUUCUUUAGAGACGCUGGUCAUGAUUAGUUCACUGGCACCACAGACAGUCAGUCCUCCUUCCUUAUCUUGCUGUCAUAUUAAGUUGUGUUUUUAUUAUAUAUAAGGAUUUUAUCAAAACUUUUAGCUUCAGGAUUGCAUCAGUUUUAAGUCCUAUAAGAUUUCAAUGGGAAAACACUGGAGUUUAACACAAAACCUCAAGAAGUUAGUUCAAUUAUGUUCCUUCCUUGAGAUUUAUAGUUUUUUGAUAAGCAGUGAUAAUAUCAUUAUUUAUAUCUAUUUCAGUGUAAAGUAAUGGAUGUUUCUUCUUACUGAAAGCAGUGCUAAUGUUUUAGCAUUCUCCACAUUCACUGAGUUGAACAGGCCUUUUGGCUUCAGCUCCCUCCACAAAGUUGUGAGAUUUUCUGAGCUAACUUUGAUUGAUAGCAUUAAACUUUAGCAUCGGUCCAGUUAACAAACUGUCGGUUCCUGAAAUGAUUUACCUUUUAUUACAUUGAAAUUAUUGACUCAGUUUUCUCAAUUCUGGUUCCAGCAGAGAAAUGUUAACUUUUGAAAAGAAGUUUUACUUUUAUUUGAUUUAUUUAUUUUAUUUUUUUAAAGAUUAGGUAAAGAAAACCAGCUUAUUGAGUUUCACUGGUUGCAUUAAAAUCAACACAGAAGAAAACCUGGUAUUUAAUGUUUUAUUUUGUUUAAAAAAAAAAAAAAAGUUAUGACUUUAUAACUGUGGUGCCUUUGUUCUUCUCAUAUCCUGGCUCUGUGGUAUUUAGAUUAUUUCAAUAAAGAAGUUGUUUGCUGUUCAACAAGAAAGUGUCUGAGGCCUAAACUGGCCCUGAAGGUUCAUCACAAACAUGCUGGUUCUUUUGUGUACAGAGAUCAGAAAUGAGUUAUUUUAUUACAUACUAGAAUCACCUGUCAUUACCCUGCUGAUGUAAAUAUAGAAAAACUUUAUUUUGUUUAUAAGAGCUUGUGUAAUUUAAAGGUGUACAUUUCCAUAUGUUUUCAGAGUUUUUGAAAGACAAUAAACUGGUCGUUUUAA